UCAACUUCCUGAGUGCUGGGAUUACAGCUGUGUGCCACCACACCCGGUUCUGCGGCUGAUUCCGCAUGGUAUAUGAGGCCAAGGAUGGAACUCUGGUCCUUGUGCUUGCCAGGAGGCAGUGACCAUGGAGGAUGUAGCUGUGAACUUCACCAGGGAGGAGUGGACUCUGCUGAAUUCAGCCCAAAAGAAGCUCUACAGAGAUGUGAUGUGGGAAACAUUUAGGAAUAUAAAGGCUAUAGGAAAGACUUGGGACAACCAACAAAUGGAAGAAAAAUACAAAAAUUGCCCUACAAAUCUAAGUGGAGAGAAGCCACAUGAUUAUUUGGGAUUUGGUGACAAGCUGAGCAAGUAUAAUGAACAUGGAAAAACCAGCAAUGAUAACCAAUCCUUUCAGAAGAAUGUAAGAACAAAAUAUGGAAAGAAACCCAAUCAAUAUGAGCAGUAUGGGACACCGUACUCUGAACUUAGUGAAAGAACUAACCCUGGAGGGGAAACCACUGUUGGUCAGGAAAGUGUGAAGGCUUCCACCACCCACAGUGGUUUUCAGAUCCAUAAAAGAAUUCACACUGGAAACAAUAAAUAUGUUUGCAAGCAAUAUGGAAAAAGUGUCAAUACUGAAACUGGUAAAAUUCAGGAAACCAUACCCAUGGAUGAAAAAACUAAUGUAUGUGGAGAAGCAUUCAAGAGAAGCACUCAAUGUCAAAGUCAUGAAAAUGUUCACAAAGGGCAGAAACCUCAUAUAUGUAAACACUGUGGGAAAGCUUUCACCAGACGCAGUUACUGUAAAAUACAUGAAAGAAAUCACACUCUGGAGAAACCUUAUGUGUGCAAGCAGUGUGGGAAGGCAUUCACUAUGGAACAAUCUUGUCAAAUACACGAAAGAAUUCACUCUGGGGAGAAGCCUUAUGUGUGUAAGCAAUGUGGAAAAGCAUUCACUACAAAGCAGUAUUAUAAUCUACAUGAAAACUUUCAUGCAGGAGAGAAACUUCAUGUGUGCAAGCACUGUGGGAAGGCAUUCACUACCCGUAAAUCUUGUCAAAUACAUGAAAGAAUUCACACUGGGGAGAAACCUUAUGUGUGCAAGCAGUGUGGAAAAGCAUUCCCUAUAUGGGGUAAUUUUAAAAGACAUGAAAGUACUCACAAAGGGGAGAAACCUUAUGUAUGUAAACAGUGUGGGAAAGCAUUCACACUGAGCAGUAAUUGUAAAAGACAUGAAAAAGCUCACACUGGGGAAAAACCUUAUAUGUGCAAGCAGUGUGGGAAUGCGUUCACAACGCAAGGUUCUCGUCAAAGACAUGAAAGAAUUCAUACUGGGGAGAAACCUUAUGUGUGCAAGUAUUGUGGCAGGGCAUUUAGUACACACCAAUUUUGUCAAAUACAUGAAAGAACUCACACUGGGGAGAAACCAUAUGUGUGUCAGCAAUGUGGAAAGGCAUUCAGUAGAAGUACUAAUUAUAGAAUUCAUGAAAGGACUCACACAGGGGAGAAACCUUAUGUGUGCAAGCACUGUGGAAAGGCAUUCACAACACACCGAUCUUGUCAAGUACACGAAAGAACACACACUGGGGAGAAACCUUAUGUGUGUAAGCACUGUGGGAAAGCAUUUGCUGCAUACCCAUAUUGUCAAAUACAUGAAAAAACUCACAGUGGUGAGAAACCUUAUUUGUGCAAGCUGUGUGGCAAGGCAUUCACUAGACACCGAUCUUGUCAAAUACAUGAAAAAACUCACACUCUGGAGAAACUUUAUGUGUGUAAGCAAUGUGGGAAGGCAUUCACUACAAAAAGAUCCUGUUUAAGACAUGAAAAACUACAUACUAGGUAGAAACCAUGUGGAAGCAAGCAGUAUGGAAAAGAAUUCAGUGUAAAUUCAAGCUAUAUAUGUUAAGAAAGCAGUUACACUGGGGAGAAUCAUUAAAUAUGCAGUCAAUGGGAGAGGGCAUUUACUACACACCAGUCUUGUUACGCAUGUGAAAUUAAACUUAGACAAAUUUAAGUGGGCUACUUGGAAAAAGGUUUGGUAGUGUGUGCUCAGUUUAUAUACGUAGAUUGCACGUUGGGGAAGAUCUGUGUGUAUAUAAACAAGCAUUUAAUGGACUUUUUUGUUUUGUUUUAAUCAACCACAAGAAAGAAGUCAUUGGAGAAUAGCCCUGUAUGUGUAAGCCUAUUUGGAAAAGCUUGUGAAAAUUUCACAUCUUUUAUCACCUGUAAGCAUAUAUGAAAAAUUUGAUGUCAAUACUUGUUCAUGUACUUUCAACAAAAUACAUACCCAAAUGGAGAUAACC